CCCCGCCCCCGGCUCCUCCUCCACCCCUGCCCCGCCUCCGGCCGCGGCCCCUUUCUCCCGCAGCUGUUGCCGUAAGGCGGAGGAGUCCAGCAUCGCCGUCUCUAUGGCCCCGGAUCCCAGCGCGAAGUCCCCCGGCCCCGCAUAUCGGCUCUAAAGGGGCGCGGGCCAGGCCUCGGGCCGCGCUGGGCGCAGACCCCCCGCCGCGGAGCCGGUGGCCAGCGCGGGGCGGGGACCGGCGUGGCAAACAGCGUUGCCCGGGAUCUGGGUCAUGUCUCCCAGCGACAGCGGUAUGGAAGGAGAGCCUGUCCUCGAGCUGCAGCAGUAGAAACUAAGAAAAGUGACCUUAGAGAACACACUGGCCCUGCUGUGGGAGUCAGGACAACCCCAUCUGGAACCUAUACAACUCUCCCCGGAUGGAAUCCGCAUUUCCUGCAGACUGGCCUGUGACCUGUCCAUCCCUCUGACCUCUUGGCUGGGAUUCCAUGGCCAGACCACCCUGUGACUCCAUGUCCCCCCCAUUCCAGGACCCCCCCUGGCCCCAUGACUCUGUGACUUCCAUGGCCUCAUGACCCCUGACCUCCCAUGUGACCUCCCUGAACUGUGAUCCCCGUGACAGUCUUCCCUUCACCUCCACCCUCCCCUGCCCCCAGGGACUUGGGUCCUGGCUCCCCUGUGGGGUCCUGUUGGUCUGGGCCUCCUCAAGAAGAUGUUGGGCACGCUCUGGCCCUUUGUUCUGAGCUUCCUCAUAUCACCUGCCAUCUCUGGACCCUCAAUGCGACGUCCAUCCAGAGAACUGGAUGCCACCCCUCGGAUGACCAUCCCCUAUGAAGAGCUCUCCGGGACCCGGCACUUCAAGGGCCAAGCCCAGAACUACUCCACACUGUUGCUGGAGGAGGCCUCGGGGAGGCUGCUGGUGGGAGCCCGUGGCGCCCUGUUCUCGCUCAGUGCCCAGGACAUAGCAGAUGGUGCUCACAAAGAGAUCCACUGGGAAGCCUCCCCAGAGAUGCAAAAUAAAUGCCAUCAGAAAGGGAAAAACAACCAGACAGAGUGCUUCAACCAUGUGCGAUUCCUCCAGCGCCUCAAUGCCACCCACCUUUAUGUAUGCGGGACACAUGCCUUUCAGCCUCUUUGUGCAGCCAUUGAUGCUGAGGCCUUCACCUUGCCAGCCAGUUUUGAGGAGGGGAAGGAGAAGUGUCCUUACGACCCUGCCCGUGGCUUCACAGGCCUCAUCAUUGACGGAGGCCUCUACACCGCCACACGCUAUGAAUUCCGGAGCAUUCCUGACAUCCGCCGGAGUCGCCACCCACACUCACUCAGAACUGAGGAGGCGCCCAUGCACUGGCUCAAUGAUGCUGAGUUUGUGUUCUCUGUACUGGUGCGGGAAAGCGAGGCCAGCGCUGUGGGCGACGAUGACAAGGUUUACUACUUCUUCACGGAGCGGACCGCUGAGGAGGCCUCCAGCAGCAGCUUCACUCAGAGCCGCAGUAACCACCGGGUGGCCCGUGUGGCCCGUGUGUGCAAGGGAGACCUGGGUGGAAAGAAGAUCCUGCAGAAGAAGUGGACGUCCUUCUUGAAGGCUCGCCUCAUCUGCCACAUCCCUCAGUAUGAGACCCUGAGGGCCGUCUGCAGCCUGGAUGCUGAUGCCUCCACCCACACGCACUUCUACGCAGCCUUCAUACUCACCACACAGUGGAAGACCCUGGAGGCCUCAGCCAUCUGCCGCUAUGACCUGGCCGAGGUGCAGGCUGUCUUCGCGGGUCCUUACAUGGAGUACCAGGAUGGGGCCCGGCGCUGGGGCCGCUACGAGGGUGGAGUACCUGAGCCCCGGCCUGGCUCAUGUAUCACAGAUUCACUACGAAGCAAAGGCUACAACUCAUCCCAAGACCUGCCAUCCCUGGUCCUGGACUUCGUGAAGUUGCACCCCCUGAUGGCUCGGCCCGUGGUACCCACGCGUGGCCGGCCCCUGCUGCUCAAACGCAAUGUGCGCUACACACACCUCACAGCAAUAGCCGUGAUGACACCUACUGGCCCCACCUAUGACCUGCUCUUUCUGGGCACAGCUGAUGGCUGGAUCCAUAAAGCUGUGGUCCUUGGUUCUGGAAUGCACAUUAUUGAGGAGAUCCAAGUGCUCAGGGAGCCCCAGUCUGUGGAGAACCUGGUCAUCUCUCCAAUACAGCACAGCCUCUAUGUGGGGACCCCUAGUGGAGUCAUUCAGCUUCCGCUGUCCAGCUGUUCCCGCUACCGUACCUGCUAUGAUUGCAUCCUGGCCCGGGAUCCCUACUGUGGCUGGGACCCCAGCAACCAUGCCUGCACAGCAGCCACCGCCACAGCCAACAGGACAGCACUGAUACAGGAUAUCGAGAGAGGAAAUCGAGGCUGUGAGGGCAGCAUGGAGACAGGGUCACCACCACCUCUGAAGAUCCGUUCUGUGCUCCGGGGUGAUGAUGUCCUCUUGCCGUGUGACCAGCCAUCCAACCUGGCCCGAGCCUUGUGGCUGCUCAACGGGAGCAAGGGCCUGAGCGAUGGGCAAUUUGGCUACCGUGUCGGGGUGGAUGGACUGCUGGUGACGGACAUACAGCCACAGCACAGCGGCAACUAUGGCUGCUACGCCGAGGAAAAUGGCCUGCGCACACUGCUGGCGUCCUACAGCCUCACUGUGCGGCCCGCCACCCCUUCCCCAGUGCCCCAAGUUCCUGCCACACCCAGGGCACAGCUGGCACCCGAUGUCAGGCUGCUCUACGUGCUGGCCAUCGCCACACUCGGUGGCCUCUGCCUUAUCCUGGCCUUCUCCCUCCUGUAUGUGGCCUGUCUGCAAGGAGGCAGAGGAGGGCGCCGGCGGAAGUACUCGCUGGGUCGGGCUGGACGGGCGGGGGGCUCUGCUGUGCAGUUGCAGACAGUCUCAGGCCAGUGUCCAGGAGAGGAAGAUGAGGGCGACGAUGACAGGGAAGGAGCUGGGGGCCUGGAGGGAGGCUGCCUCCAGAUCAUCCCCGGAGAAGGAGCACCGGCACCCCCGCCCCCACCCCCGCCCCCGCCGCCGGCAGAACUGACCAAUGGACUGGCAGCCCUGCCCAGCCGGCUGCGAAGGAUGAAUGGCAAUAACUACGUGCUCCUGAGGCAGAGCAACAACGGAGCGCCCGCUGGGCCCUGCUCCUUCGCAGAGGAGCUCAGCCGCAUCCUGGAGAAGAGGAAGCACACGCAGCUCAUCGAGCAGCUCGACGAGAGCUCCGUCUGAGCCCAGGCCCCCACGAGGCUUCUCCCAGCCGGCCUGUCUGCCCUGGGCCGGGCCGCUGUCUCCAAGACGCCCCUCUUCCCCAGUCUACUCUUCGGCAACAUACUCUCCUCCCCCCAAGUUCCCAGGUCUCUGUUGGGCUGGCCCGUCACGCCCAGCCAAAGCCCCCUCGCAGUCUCCAAGCCCCUCACCUGUGAGCAGCCCAGGCCCACCAGUGCUCCUCCGAGGUAGGUGCUGCCCUGGGACCAGGUGCUCUAAACCCACACAUUCGGGAGGAGAGGCCUCCUCCUCCCGUCCCAUUCCUCUUUCUCCCAGGCAGGGCUCUGCAGGUCCAGAUGGCCUCCCUGUCACCACCCCAAGCAUGGCCCAGAGGCCAGACGAGACCUCAGCAGCCCCACCUGGGCCCCGAAGACUGAUACACGCAAGAACGUCUAUCAGCUGGGCUCCUGCGCCCCAUCCCUGCUCCAUCUUCUCCUGGUGCAUUUCAGCCCUUCUUCUGGACUUGGGCUACCUUCCCAAUUCCCACGUCCCCAGGCUCUGCCUGCCCUGUCGUGACCUCCAUGGCUCGAGCUUGGGCACAGGCCCACUUAGGGGAGACUGCACCAUCCCCCUUUCCUCGUCCUCUCCAGCGCCCUUGUUUGCCAGCCUCCUCUUGGUCCCACUCCAGUGACAGAGCUCCAGGUAGGCCCCUUCCCUCACGUGCACCUUCUGAGCCGCCCCUCGUUGCCUCGGACCCACGUUGGCCUGUCAGGUUUGGUCCGUGGACAUUUCUGAGGGAGACCCUUCCCUGGGACGGGUGACCAACACUGCACUCAAUGAGCCAGCCUCCCCUUUGGGGGAGCAAGCAUUUUUUUCCCCCUGGCCCACAGCAGGCAGAGGAGAACUGAAGUCUCACCUGGCACAUGAAGCCCGUUCUUGGAACUAUGCAAAGGGUAGAGGCUGGGAGCUGGAAUGCUCAGCCCCCAUCCCCUGUCCUACCUCAACGGGGCACUUUCAGGGCUCAGGGGCCUCUGAAGUCUCCAGGCCUGUAAGGGACAGUCCAGUCCUGACAGCUCCCCC